ACGAUAUUUUUUUUCUCAAAUUCUUAUUAAACCUUUGUUUCUUAAAUGAUCAAUACAAAUGAAUUAUAAUACUAAUAUAACAAGAUUGAGCCCAUUCUUUCUCAAUCACUCUUUUGUAAUCAUUUUGUCUGCUGAUAGAACAAGCCAGGUUUCUCAAUCAAUACUACCAACAUAAAAACCAAUACUUACAUAGUGGGACUGGCACUACCCUCGGUCCUAAUAUGGAAGAUAGUAUGGAAGAGGAACAAAGUUAUCAUCCCCAAGCUGUCUCCUACGGUAACUCGGCGCAUUCUAAGUCACCAGUCGUAUCUUCGGAUGAUGAAUGGGUGCCAAAUUGUGAUGAGGAAUUAAAACCUAAGGUUGGGCAACUAUUUGAUACGUUAGAGGAAGGUGGACAGUUUUACAAAAACUAUGCUCAUACUGUUGGAUUUAGUGUGCGUUCUUCGUCAGAAACUAAAGAUAAAAAUGGCGUGAAGCGUUGGAAGUACUAUGUCUGUUCGAAAGAAGGUUAUUUACCAAAUAAGACGGAAGUUAAAGAGCAAAGUGAACCAAAUGUCAAGAAUAGAAGAAGAAGUCUUACAAGAGAAGGAUGCAAUGCAAAAGUUGUUUUCAAACUUGUAGAAGGUAAAUAUGAGCUUUUUCGAUUUCAUGAAAGUCAUACACAUUCACUUGCUUCACCUAUGAAGAGACAAUUUUUGAGAUCAGCAAGAAAAGUAAAUCCUAUUCACAAGAGUUUAUUGCAUGCAUAUAAUAGAGCAAAUAUCGGGCCUUCAAAAACAUAUCAGUUAUUGAAAGAACAAUGUGGAGGUUAUCAAAAUAUUGGGUGCACACAAAGAGAUCUUCAAAAUUAUUCAAGAGAUUUAAAGACAUUGAUUAAAGAUUCUGAUGCACAUGUUUUUAUUGAUAACUUCAAAAGGAAACAAGAAGUUGAUCCAUCAUUCUACUAUGCAUAUGAGGUAGACGAAGAAGGUCGACUGAAACAUGUUUUUUGGGCAGAUGGUAUUUGUAGGAAAAAUUAUUUAUUGUUUGGGGAUGUGGUUUCAUUUGAUACUACAUAUAGAACAAAUAAAUAUUCUAUGAUAUUUGCACCAUUUACCAGGGUAAAUCAUCAUAGACAAUCUAUUACUUUCGGAGCAUGUUUUUUAGCAAAUGAAAAAGUUAACUCAUUCAUAUGGUUGUUUAGAAAGUUUUUGGAAGCAAUGGGAGGGCACAAUCCAACUCUUCUAAUAACAGAUCAAGAUCCUGCCAUGAAAGUUGCCAUUGAAAACGUUUUCACUUCUUAUAUUCAUAGAUUUUGUAUGUGGCACAUUAUGAAAAAAGUUUCUGAAAAAGUGGGUGUUUCUUUAAAUGCUAACGAUGAGUUCAAUAAUAGUUUCAAGUCAUGUGUUUGGAGAUCUGAGACAACAUCUGAUUUUGAAGAAACAUGGAAGUCUAUAAUUAGUAGGUUUGAGUUGGAAAAUAAUGAGUGGUUAUCUCAUAUGUUUGAUAUUCGAAGCAUGUGGAUUCCAGCAUACUUUAAAGAUAUUUUUUUGGCUGGAAUAUUGAGAACAACAUCAAGGUCAGAAAGUGAGAAUUCUUUUUAUGGUAAUUUCUUGAAUCCUAAUGUUAGCUUGGUCGAAUUUUGGAUGAGGUAUGAAUCUGCAAUAGAAGCACAAAGACAUAAAGAGUUACUUGCUGAUAAUAAUUCACUUCAUUCAAUACCAAAGCUAAUUGUAGCGGGGAAAAUCUGA